CUUUCAGAGCUGCAUAGUAAAAGCAACAUUAAAGACGGUGUUUGUUCUCGGGAAAAUUUGAACAACUUACCUUUCCUGUCAUGGAACCAGUAAUGAAUAAUGAAGCGGAAGAAAAUUGUGCGGCUGACGCUUCCGAUUCGAACGAGACCCAAACGAUGACGGAACAGAACAGAUCGAGUGGAGGAAAUUUGGACGAGAACCGCAAUUCAGUUGAGUUCACAACGAUGUCGCAGGAUCUUCGUAGCCGGCUUUUGUCCACUGAUUCCAAUGAAUGUGAAACCAGCACUCAGCGGUGUUCCGAGUUUACUCUGAGCCAAGCGCGAAAAUUUCGAUCCCCGGCUGGCAACGAAUUCAUCAAGAGAAAAACGUCAACCUGUAAGAAAAUCAGCCAACUCAACUUUUCUGCCCGUUUUACACUGGAAACGUUGGAAAUAAAACUCCAUAGCGAAGGCCGGCUGAUGUUGGUGGACGAUGAUCUGCUGGCAAGAGUGACGAUCGAGAGGCCGGAACUGUUGGAUGGAACAAAUGAUUUUCAACAGGCAAAGCAAGUUCUACUGGAGCAGAUUCGGAUUGAGGAGGUGGUUUUAGAUGGUCUUCUUUUGGAACGAAACCAGCUACGAACGGAUUUCGUGAAUAUUCUCAAAGAUGUGGGAUCAAAAACGGCAAUCGAUCGUCGCUUCGCAAUGGACUGCAUUUCAUUGAAGACCAUUUUUGGCGAUGACGUUAGUUGCGAGCUGUCAGAUUAUCAGUGUGUGUGUGAGAAAAUUAUGAAAAGUCGGUCUUUUUCAGUGCAGCUCACCAACACAGUGACAAAGUUGUAUGACGUCGAAUGUUCUCUGAAAAGAAGGAAUGAGCUUCUUCCGUGCAUUCCGUCGGAAGAGAAUUUUCCGAUAUUGCUUGAAACUCUGAAGCAGAUUCUGUCAAAUGCAAGUGAUGUUCAUAGAAAGUGUUUACUGGAACAAGUGCCAGGAUAUUUAUCGAGUGAUUUGGAAAAUGUUUCGCCCGAAAGAAUCAUGUUAAUCAGCAGCAGAGAUAUUGGGAUUCUUGCCGAUGUGGAAAACAUUUUGGAUGGAGUUGAUUUCCAGAAACCUUUGAAAAACUUGGCAAAUCGCUUCACCGCUAAUGUGAAUGGUUUUGAUAUCAGUGAAUUUAGUGUAGAGCAAUCAUUAAUCAAUCCAGCUUUUGUUCUACUGUGCAAAAGCCUGAAGGACCUCCUGCAAAAAAUCGUCAAAAACUCUGACAUGAAGUGUUCAGAUUUGAUUCAAAUUGACACCAACACCUUUUGGAAUCCGACACCCGAGAUAACCUGGAAAAUCAAAGGUAAUUCAGGAAAAUGUUUGGAACGCGAAUAUUUGUUCAUUUUCAAACUUCUGAACCAUUUUGAGCCUGGUUCAAACGUCGACUGCAAAUCAUUCGAAUACAAAUCCAAGCUUUUUGUGGGUUCCGAAAACUGCAAUCUAGCGAUUGAUCCUAGUCAAAACAUGCAGGAAUCGUUCAUUUGGUGCUGUUUGUUGGAUGAUGCUCUGUCUUCGAUUGCGACCAGAAAUCAACUGACAGCUUAUGAGAAAAUUCUUCAAGAAUAUGUUUCUUUAGUUCGAAAAGUAAAUCAAGAUGAGCUAGAGUUCGUUCGAGUCAUGAGUCAUGCUUUGGUGGACUUCAUUGCUUGUACCGUUGAACUUGUGGAGAAUGAAGAAGAAUACAAUUUGGAGGUCGACAGGAAAAUACUGCAAAAACACCUUCAUCUACUCAUUUCAGAAAUGUCGUUUGGCUCUUCAAAUACGAAUCGAUUCCACGAAAUGGUCGAAGUUUUUGUUUUAUUUUGGAAUUAUAGGAAGAAUAUAAUUGCAAAGUUUUCUUCUAAAAUUGAUCUUCCAGAGAUGAACGAACUCGCGCCAAAAUUGUUGGAUGUCGUACAGUUGGUUUUGGAGAAAAGUGUGGAAUUUGAGCUGGUUUUGGAGUUUUUCAAUACAUACAAUGCUUUUGUGCUUCAACUUGAUGCUCUGUCAUUUGAUUGGAUCGUAAAAACCAUUUCCGGGGUUGAGAUGCAAAAUAUGAUUCCAUACAAGUUGAUCGAACCAUUGAACCAAGAACGCUUUCCGGACACAUUCCGAGUGUUAAAUCCGUUGAAGUUCGUUCAGAUGAUGAAAAUGUUUCAUAGCGAAGUUGAAAUUCCUGAGCCCCAGAUUAUUCUCAUUAUGAAAUCGUGUCUUUCCCUUACCAUGCAACAGUUAAAUCGGAAACAGUGGUCAUCAGGACUCGAUCUUUCAGCAUCAGAUCAAAUCACGACCACAAUAACUUUGAUUUCAACGCUCACGAAAAGGCUGAUGAAUUCGAAGGAUUUUUGCUAUUCACACGAUUCUUUCGACCAUUUUCUAGCAGCAAAUGUGGAAUUACUAAACAGCAAAAUUAAUGAAUGUAAAUCUACAAGUGAUUUCACUUGGAUUGGAAUUGAAGAAGAUUUGAUUUUGGCAUUUAAUGGAUUCGAUAAGUUCAAUAGUUUUCACGACAAGCAAUCAAUUCGAACAGUAUUCCAUCAAUAUUCAGAGCAGUUUCAACAAUACGUAUCUUUGAAAGGAGAGAGCAGAGUCGUUGAAAUAGCAGAGAAAUUGAAAGCAACAAAAAUUCGUCAUUUCAGUUCUUGGGAUGCUCAAUUUAAGCAGGUCGAGCUUCCAAAAAUCCUUGCUGGAAUCGCAGCUUUGUGGUUUACUUCAACACCUAAAACGGUAGAAUUCCCAAAACUGGCAGAAGUUCACGGACUGCACGGUUUUCAGAUUUUGUGCAUUCUGAGGAUGCUAGGAGUGGACGAUCCUGGAACAGGAGUAUCUAAACAUUUUUCGGAGAUUCCUCCGGGAGAAGGCAAAACGUUGAUUAUUCGACUGAUCGCCAUUUUGUUGGCGUUGACCGGGCACUCAGUGCGGGUGCAUUGCGGGUGCUAUUUGGAUCAAAUAGAAAAAAAUCGAGCUGAUCUGAAUCGAGUUUUUGGAAUUUUGGAUGUAGGAGAAUGUAUUAGCUAUAGUACUGUUUGGGAUUUCGGUUACUUUGGUAGCGUGCUAUUAAAUGGCACACGUGUCCUUUCAUCGGGAUUCGCGAAGAAUUCACCUGAGCGAAUAAUGACAGGAUCCUUAGAUAAUUCCGUGCUUUUGAUUGAUGAUAUAAAUGUGUUUUUUAAUCGUAUUGAUUUUUGGACUACGGUACAUUACUUCCCCCAUUUGUUUAUCAUAUUACCAGGACUCGAUAAAAUUCAAACGAAAAUAUGGAAUUUAACAAUCGAAUCAACUGAGCAAAACGCCAUCAAGAAUGCUAUAUAUGAGUAUAUUAAAUCAUCCGAGUUCCCAGAAAAAGAUAGAUGGAAGACUUUUUUGUCACUGCCAGGUGAAUUUAAAUGGAUCUCAGAUGACAAUAAGGAAAUGUCUUUCACAAAUCGAAAGUUGUUCGAUACCCAUUUAGCUGACAUGAUUCGCGAUGCUGGAAGAGUGUACAAAAAUCACAAUUCAAUAUGGAGUAAUUAUGCUAAUGAUAAAUCGCAGGAGCGUAAAUAUAGUUAUUAUAAAACAUUCCACUAUUUAGCUAAUGAGAAAUCACAAACUUCGCUGAAAACCGGAGAUAAAUUGAAUUAUGGAUUUUUGAUGAUGAAAUCACCUAAAUCGAAAUUCAUCACAGCACUCAGCGACUUCCCUCUCGUUUUCGGGGUAUUUGGAGAAAAGUUUCACGAAGAUCAAAUUAAUUACCUCGAACAGUUUUGCGACAUCAAGGAAUGGACUAAAAUGCCCUCGGUUUUCGGUUGUUCAAAACUUCAAUUCGACAAGAAGGCAAGCUUUUAUAAGGCGAUCGACGAAAGUUCUUACUUAGACAAAAUUUUCAACAGCGCUCGCAAGGUUAUCGAUUCCCAUCGUUCGGUUAUAAUAGUUUGCUUUAGUAAAGUGCAAAUGAAAAAUUUCGAGAACAACUACGGGAAGCAUUUUACUAGGAUUAACUUCAUGUACGAAGAUACACCCAAUGAAGAGAAGCACUGGAUUAUUGAUGAGAUCGGUGGUGCAGGAAUUGUGACCGUGGUAUUUUGGACGAUGAUUGCAGGACUUGACUACAAAUCCAGUGAAAUCGUAGAAGGAAACGGGGGAGUGCACGUGAUACAAGCAUUUUCCGACUUCGAUACCAUUCGGGAGAACCAGAUCAAGGGACUGACUGCCAGGCGCGGGAACCAAGGAAGCUACGAAAUAAUUACUUGGAAUUACACUGAUAGGAGGUACGAUGAAUUUAAUAAAUCAAAAGAAAAAUGGAUUCAGGAAAACUUAAAACCAUUACCAAGUGAACACUCUAAACUAACUGAACGAAAAGAGGUUUUUCGAACAUUUGUGAAUAAGUUCAAGUUUUAAACGAACGGAUUUUGCCACACCUAAAAACAGAACAAUUAUUUAUAAAGCGAAUACGUACCGAGUAAGGAAAACUACAUCACCUU